GAGCUCGCGGAGGGAAAUGCAGCGGUGGUGGUUCACCUUCUGAAACAAACAGGAAGCUCCCCGCGCUGCUGUCCACCUGCGAGGUCCGCUCCUUUGAGAGACUGUCGAGCUGCGGGUCCACACAAGCGCCUUCAACGACAAACUGUUUCGUGGUGACUCCAUAGCGGCGACAUUAACUUUAAGACGUGUUGUUACUUCGGCACAAUUUUUCCACAACCUGGCACCGCGGAGUGAAUGAAGAUGCAGCAUCCCAGAAGCUAUCUAAACCACCCCCACGAGGAACAGAAGCACAGGAAAUAAGACAUUUCAGGAAACAGCAGGUCCUUAUGGUUGAGGUGGUGUUAGGUGCCCCUUGCCAUGCCUCCUGCCAUGACAGACCUCCUGGACAUAUGGGCGGCGCACUCGCCCCUGGCCGGACAUGCUCCGGACCAGAUCACUGUGGACUUCCUGCUGCCCACUGGUAUCUACAUCCAGAUGGAUGUUCCCCGCGAGGCCACAAUUCAACACAUCAAACUGCUCUUAUGGAAGCAGGCUCAGACCUUCCCACUGUUUCCCUCCCUCGGCGAAAUGGAAACCCACAUGUUCGAAUGUGUCAACCAGGAAGCAGUACAUGAAGAACUGGAGGAUGAAACCCGCCGCUUGUGCGACGUUCGACCUUUUCUGCCGGUCCUUAAGCUCGUGACACGAAACUGUGGACGGGCAGAGCGCCUGCUUGACUCUAAAAUUGGCGUGCUCAUUGGCAAAGGUCUUCAUGAGCUGGAUGCCAUAAAUGACCAGGAAGUGAAGGACUUUCGCAGCAAGAUGUUUCGAAUCAGUGAAGAGAAAAUGCAGCGAGUUCAGAUGAUGUCAUGCACAGAGUGGCUGCAGGCCUGCUUCUGCUCACAGCUGGAGCCAGUGGCAGGGAUGGACAUCACAGAUGGAGUCAGUGACCAGCCAGUGGACCUGAAAGUCAUUAUCCACUUUGACCAGUCCCAGGAUUCAAGCAGUCUGAAGGUGCCGUCGUCUUACACCCCGUCUAAGCUGAUGGAGAUAGCAGUGAAGAAAUGGCUGACGACCCAUGCGCCUGAGGAAGAGGCAUGGAGGGGCCAGUAUGUGCUGAGAGUCAGCCAUUGCCUGGAGUUCCUCUGUGGAGACCACCCUUUAAUUCAAUACAAGUACAUCCGCACAUGCCUUCAAGCCAAGGAGCCUCUUCACCUCACCUUGGUCCACAUCAGCACCGUGGAGGCCCUUUUUAAGAAGGAAAUGUCUGCCAUUGGAGCAGUGGUCAGCCGCAAGACCUCCAACCCUCCUUUACCGCUACCUCCCAAGAGAAGGCAAGUACAGACUUGUGUGUGGGACGUAACUAGCCCAUUUAAGAUAGUCCUGGUGAAAGGCAGCAAGGUGAAUGCAGAGGAGACUGCCAAGGUCCAGGUGAGGGCGGGGCUCUUUCAUGGCGCAGAGCUGCUCUGCAAGCCGGCGGUGAGCAGUGAGAGUAGCGGCCGCUCAGACCACACGUGGAAAAACAGCACGCUGGAGUUUGACAUCUCCGUCUGCGAUCUGCCACGCAUGACCCGCCUCUGCUUUGCCAUAUAUGCCGUCAUGGAUAAAGUCAAGAAGCAGAAGUCCACCAAAAAUGCUCAUAUAAACAAGUAUCAGACCAUCCGCAAGGCAGGGAAAGUACACUACCCCAUAGCUUGGGUCAACACCAUGGUGUUUGACUACAAAGGGCAGCUGAAGACUGGAGAGAUCAUCCUGCACUGCUGGUCUUCCUUUCCUGAUGAACUUGAAGAGAUGCUGAACCCAAUAGGAACUGUUCAAACCAACCCAUACACUGAGAACGCUACAGCGCUUCACAUCCAAUUCCCAGAAUACCUUUCACACUCUAUCAUCUUUCCUCCUUUUGACAAGAUACUGGAAAAAGCUGCAGAGAUUGCCAGAGCAAAUGACUGUGCUCCUAUGGGCCGUGGAGGUAAGAAGUUCCACAUUGAACUGAAGGAGAUCAUGGAGCGUGACCCGCUCUCUCAGCUGUGCGAAAAUGAGAAGGAUUUGAUCUGGACACUACGAAACGACUGUCGGGAUAAUUUCGCUCAAUCGUUACCCAAGCUGCUGCUGUCUGUCAAGUGGAGCAAACACGAGGACAUGGCCCAGCUUCAGGCACUGCUUCAGAUUUGGCCCAAACUGAGUCCCAGAGAUGCUCUGGAGCUUCUGGACUUUAACUACCCUGACCAGUACGUCAGAGAAUAUGCUGUAAGGUGUCUGCGUGACAUGAGUGAUGAAGAACUAUCCCAGUACCUGCUACAGUUGGUGCAGGUUUUGCGUUAUGAGCCCUAUUAUGACUGCGCCCUCACUCACUUCCUGUUGGAACGUGCUCAAGGAAACCGCUACAUUGGACACUUCCUCUUCUGGCAUUUACGGUCAGAGAUUCACAUGCCUGCGGUUUCAGUCCAGUUUGCGCUCAUCCUGGAGGCCUACUGCAGAGGCAGCAUCCCUCAUAUUGAGGUUCUAAAGAAACAGGUGGAAGCCCUGAGUAAGCUAAAGUCAGUCAAUGAGCUAAUUAAACUGGGAACCAUUAAGAACGCCCGGAGUAAAACCAAACCAAUGUUGACCAAGGAGGCCAUGAUGACAUGUUUAAGACAGAGUGGCUACUCAGAGACUCUGUCAGACCUUCACUCCCCUCUUAACCCCAAUGUCCUGCUGUCAGACAUCAAUGUGGAGAAGUGUCGCUACAUGGAUUCGAAGAUGAAGCCGCUUUGGAUUGUUUAUAACAACAAGCUGUUGGGCGGAGACACUCUGGGAAUCAUCUUCAAAAAUGGAGACGACUUAAGGCAAGACAUGUUGACCCUGCAGAUUUUGAGGUUAAUGGAUCUUCUCUGGAAGGAGGAGAAUCUGGACCUGAGAAUUGUGCCAUAUGGUUGCUUAGCAACAGGAGACCGGGCAGGGCUGAUAGAGGUGGUCUCAUCAGCAGACACAAUCGCUAAUAUCCAGUUGACCAGCAGCAAUGUUGCAGCAACUGCAGCAUUCAACAAGGAUGCUUUGCUUAACUGGCUGAAAGAGAGAAAUUCUGGUGAUGCUCUUGAUCGGGCAAUCGAAGAGUUCACUCUGUCAUGUGCAGGCUACUGUGUAGCCACGUACGUCCUGGGCAUCGGAGACCGGCACAGUGACAACAUCAUGGUCCGCAGCACCGGACAGCUUUUUCACAUAGACUUUGGUCACAUCCUGGGCAACUUCAAGUCAAAGUUUGGCAUCAAGAGGGAGCGUGUACCAUUUAUCCUCACACACGACUUCAUCCAUGUCAUUCAACAGGGAAAGACAGGAUACACUGAAAAAUUUGGCAGUUUCCGUCAACACUGUGAGGAUGCUUAUCUAAUCUUGAGGAAGAACGGCAACCUCUUCAUCACGCUGUUUGCCCUCAUGCUGACUGCUGGACUACCUGAGCUCACCUCGAUCAAAGACAUUCAAUACUUAAAGGACUCUCUAGCCCUGGGAAAAACAGAUGAAGAUGCCCUGAAGCAGUUCCGCCAGAAGUUUGACGAAGCCCUGAGAGAGAGCUGGACAACCAAGGUUAACUGGAUGGCCCACAACGUGGCCAAAGACAACCGCUCCUAGAACUGCUGCAAGGCUUCAAAGACUAGGGGGCCAGGGGCCAAGAGACACCAUGAGGGACCUAGUGGGAAAGUCUGACAUGUGCCAAGGAUACAGGGUGAUGGAUAUCCUGAUUUUAAGAAGGGAAUCUAGCUGAAAUAUGGAACAUGAGCACAUUCAGCCCCCGUUCCCCCCUGGGCUGUAUGUACAGAGUAAAGCUACUCACUGAAACAGUUCAGUUACCCUGCACCCUUAUAUCCCUCUUCACCUUGCAUCACCCCGGCAUGGUGCCCCAAGAACCUCUGAAUUCACGGUCUCAUGACAUUUCUGUGGAAUCACAGUGGGUGACGUCAUUGCACGUUUUGCACAGGCACAACAGCUGUUGGAGCAUACAGCCAAAGGAAGGGAACUGAAGCACCCACUUAGCUCACAUUAAAUCUUCAGAGAUGACCUGUUCAAAUGGAGCGGGCUGAACCAACAGUUAUCAAAAGUAAAGUUUGGGAGUGGCUGAAUUCUGUCAGGGACUUAAAACUCAGCUUAAAAAACUGAGGGCACACAGUUUCAUUUCACCCCAAGAGUGUUUCCAGCCGGGCAGAGAUAACAGAGGGGUGUGGAAAGGGCGGAGCAGAAAAGACGAAAACAUGUGACAAUGCACACCACGGCCACAGGAAGGGCACGUUUGGCACUCGCUCCCGCUGUCUUAAAGUGUGCCUCCAAACUGCAGCAAGAUUGUAUUGUACUUUUUUUUUUUUUUUUUGGCAGUUUAAUAAUUUAGUCACGUGACGUUGAUGUGCCAGACUACUCUACUAGUCCACACAGAAAACUUGUGAGGGAAACGAGACUAAAAGAGAAGGACUGAUUAGAGACUAAGAUGCUCUGAGCCUUUUGGUCCACUGUUUGGAUCUUUGAACACUGGAAUGUUUUUUUCAAAGACAUAUAAGAAUUAUUCAGAAAGUCUUUUAAUAAACUAAACUUUUUUUUCCCCCAGCUGUUUGUUUUAACAUUAUGAAAUCAAACGCAUUACUAUCACUACCCUAUUUGUCAUCCUUUAAAGAGCUGUCUGUUUUAAACUCACUGCAGCUGAUGCUUUUAAUGUCUUCAGACCAAAAUGAGAAAAACAAAUGUUUAGUAAUUUUAUUGUUUCAUACUGUUUUUAAUGAUUGGUUUUGAAAUUGAAUGUGCAAAUAUGUGCCGCUCUGUUAAGUGUAUUUGUUUUUUAUAUAAGCAGAUGUGGGCGGAUUCUGGGGGCCUGUAUGGGUGGGAUUUAUCACUGAGGACAUUACACUGCGAUGCGAUCGUUUUCCGACACAUGGUGCUUUACCAGCAUCUGCAUCUAUGUUAGAUUUUUCGUGCAAUAUUCAACGAUUCGACCCAUAUCGUAUCAUAUAAACCUUGGGCCCAGGUCCAAGCCUAUAAUCGUUCUGUCUGCUGGUUUAUGUGAUGCAGCUGUAUUAGCCUUCAGAUGUCUCAAACACUGGAUUGUCAAAUGUACAGGCUUAUAUUGUUUUGCUGAUUUUUGUUUUCAUAGGAGUUUUAUUAAAGUUAUUUUCCACUGCGCC